AUGCAGAUUACGACCCUGGGGCCGCUCCUGAAUCCUUCAAAGUUCGGCUGUGAUGGCAAAGCCAUCAACACCAUUCACUGUUUCACCGCCAUUCUCGACCAGACAAACCACUGCACCAACGCGGACUGUGAGGGGUCGCAUGUACCUCCCAUCAGGCAAGUGUUCGAGUUCAUCCUCUGCCUCCAAGCAGAGCAUCACUACGAGAAUGGCGACGUCGAUGACAAGAAUCGCACGUUCCUUUACAACGUCCUAAAAGCCUACUUCCUGAAGCAUUUUCGCCACAAGACGUUGCCGGUCAUCAUCGACCUCGGCGCGGCAAGCAGCUCAACACUUACCCGCGAGAUCUACAGUACCGCUUCCGUGCGAAGUGUACCGUUCCGAGCAACAUGUUUCAAGGAACCAUUAUCAAGGACAUGCUGGCGGAACCCGAGUGACUGA